CCGCCCGGCCGAUGCAGAGCAGUGUGCAACCGAGAGACGACGGGCACGGACGGCGCCGAGAAGUGAGAAGCGUACAGCGUGAAGUGAGAAGCGCACGGCGAGAAGUGAGAAGCGUACGACGAGAAGUGAGAAGUCGAUUCAGAAAAGGUCCUCCAACAUGAAUACCAGCACACUCGCGCUGCUCCUGCUGGCUCUGGUGGCGCUGGCCGCCGCCGCACCGACCCCCGACCGCGACGACGACGACGAUGACUACGACUACGAGUACGACUACGACGACGAGUACGACGACGAGUACGAGGAGCAGCGGCGCAGGGAGGAGAAGUCGCUUCCGUUCGCCAUCUUCGAGGAUGUGCAGCCGAGGAGCCCGCGCUGGGACCAGACGCAGCCGUCGGUCUGCGCCUGGGGCGUGGUGCAGUGCUGCGACAUCCCCAACCGACGGAGCAACCGCGCCGAUUGCUUCGCCCGCCUCGGCUGCAGUGGCGCCUGGUUCACCGACCUGUGCACCCCGACCAUCAAGCAGACCAUCUUCAAGAUGGUGCUGGACUCGCUGCGGAAGCACUGAUGCGUGGCGUCAGGGGGCGCUCGGGCUGGAGGAGAGUGACGAGUCUGUGCGGUGAUGAUGUUGUAGCAGCAGCCGUGGGAGGGUAGCCCGAAUAUGGUUGGCAGGAGUGGUAGACUCAGAUGGGCUUUGGUUGCGGGCGAUUUUUGUCAGUUUUUGUCCUUUAGGUGUGAUGUGGAGCCUUGAGAGGAACACAAAAUUCCCAAGGCUUUCGAAGAGAAGCUUGAGCGAUAAUUUGGCCCAGCCUUCCUUAGCUUCGCCGAAUGAAUAGACGCUUCAUCUAUAAGGAUGGAUAAGAUCAACAUCCUUUGUAGUGGUGUUGUUGCGUGAGAAAGAACUGAAUGAGUGGCUUCUGAGUCUUUGAAAAACGUGACGUACCCACGCAUGGCUUUACUACCACCUGCGAGUCUCGACAAUUGUACCUGUUUCAUACGACACGCGUUCAUGUGAAGUGUUUGUUAUGUUUGUUGUUGUUGUUACACUAACGCAUCUCAUCGUUUGGCUCUCAUCGUGUAUGCACCUCAUACCAUAUGUGGCACGGAAGUAUGGAAUACAAGUACCCUAACACGCCGAA